GUGCAGACAGGGAGAGGUGACAGAAAAUAUUCAGGACCCAGUGAUUGUGUGAAGCAACUCUACAAACGAUCUGGACUGGCUGGAAUCUACAAAGGCACCGGGCUCACCUUACUGAGGGACAUCCCAGCCAAUGGCGUCUACUUCCUGAGCUAUGAGUGGCUGAAGGAGAUUUUGACCCCUCAGGGUGAAAGCGUUGCCAAGCUGAGCACUCCCAGAAUCCUCUUGGCCGGAGGAAUGGCGGGCAUAUUUAAUUGGAUGGUAGCCAUACCAGCCGACGUGAUCAAGUCUCGAUUCCAGACCGCUCCCGACACGAAGUAUCCGAGCGGUUUUCGGGAUGUUCUUCGCGAGUUGAUCCGUGAGGAGGGAUUCACCUCCCUCUACAAGGGUUUCACGGCUGUUAUGUUACGUGCGUUUCCCGCCAAUGCGGCCUGUUUCCUCGGCUUCGAAUUGGGCAUGAGGUUCAUCGACUGGAUCUGUGCGGAGCGGGACUGAUGCCCUGGAGAUGGUGGGGCGGGGGGGGGAAACGUAUUCCCCUCUGCCCCCUCCAAACCCCCCCCCUCCCUCCGACCCGAGGACGAACGUAUUCCUCUCUGCCCCCUCCAACCCCUCCACCCCCGACCCAAGGACGAACGCGGCCAACAUUCGGCGCUCCUCAAUCGUUGACAUCCCACGGCGAGGGGUGAAGCCUCAUGCUGCCUGGACCGGGGUUGGGGGGAGCAGGAUCGAAUCCCAGCAGCGCCUCGGAGGGAACGAUCCACUCGAGGGUCCGCUAACGUUUUUAACUCAACUGAGCCAUGGGGAGGGGGAGAACCGUAGUCCGUGCCCAGUCUUGGCCUACACGUGACUCCAAACCCUCUCCCGCUGAACUUGGGGUCCCUGCAUCUCUCUCAGGCAGCCCUUGGAAAUGGCCAACAGCGUGAUUGAACUGGAGGGGUGGCUCAAGGAGGGGGCAAAAAAAAAUACCGGCCCGGCUGUGACUCGGGAAUAAAAUGAAAAUAAAAGCGUGGGUUCAAUUGUC